GCUUGACUUCAAGUUUAAGACCACCAAUUUUCAAAAUCCUCUUUGGAUCUGAGCCCUCUACUUGUACAAAUCAUCUUCGUUUCCAUUUCCGGUCUUCAUUUCUCGAAUGAUUGGGGCUUGGAUCUCCUAGCGAAUUCUCGAGGUUCUAGUUGCAGUUCGAGAUGAUCACCAUUCCAUAUUUAACUGCCCUUACCACUUAUUUCAGCUACGGAUUGUUUUUCGCUUUCGGCCAAAUAAGAGAUUUCUUCAGAAAAAUUAUCGACUGGCGGAAAUCCAGCAAUCUUCAGCAGGGAUACGCGCCGAUCUGCUUAGGGCUGGAGGAUUUUUAUGUCCGACGUUUGUAUCUCCGUAUUCAGGACUGCUUUGGACGACCAAUAGCAAGUGCUCCUGAUGCUUGGUUCGAUGUGGUUGAGCGUUACUCCACUGACAAUAACAAGACUCUAAAACGAACUGCAAAAAUAAAUAGAUGCCUCAACCUUGGUUCGUACAAUUACCUUGGAUUUGCGGCAUCAGAUGAAUAUUGCACUCCCCGUGUGAUUGACUCUUUGAAGAGAUUUUCAGCGAGUACGUGUAGUGCUCGUGCAGAUGGUGGCACUACCAGAUUGCAUUCUGAUCUGGAGGAGUAUGUCGCAAAGUUUGUGGGAAAGCCAGCUGCUUUAGUAUUUGGGAUGGGCUAUGUUACAAACUCGGCUAUCCUUCCCGUCCUGAUUGGGAAGGGGGGUUUGAUAAUUAGUGAUUCCUUGAACCACAACUCAAUUGUCAAUGGUGCUCGGGGAUCAGGAGCCACAGUUAGGGUCUUUCUUCAUAAUACACCUUCGCACUUGGAGGAAGUCUUGAGAGAACAAAUUGCUGAGGGACAACCACGGACCCAUAGACCUUGGAAAAAGAUAAUUGUUGUUGUGGAGGGAAUCUACAGCAUGGAGGGGGAGCUUUGUAAACUUCCUGAGAUUAUAACAGUCUGCAAGAAAUAUAAGGCUUUCACGUACUUGGAUGAGGCCCAUAGCAUUGGGGCAGUUGGGAAAACAGGACGAGGUGUUUGUGAGCUCUUAGGAGUGGAUACUGCAGAAGUGGAUAUCAUGAUGGGAACUUUUACAAAAUCAUUUGGGUCAUGUGGUGGUUAUAUUGCAGGAUCUAAGGAGCUUAUUCAAUAUCUGAAGUACACUUGCCCUGCCCAUCUUUAUGCAACAUCUAUCUCACCACCAGCUGCCCAGCAAAUUAUAUCUGCCAUAAAGGUUAUUCUUGGAGAGGAUGGUUCUAGUAGAGGGGCUCAGAAACUUGCACGGAUACGUGAGAACAGCAAUUUUUUCCGGUCAGAACUUCAGAGGAUGGGAUUUGAGGUUUUAGGUGAUUAUGACUCUCCUGUAAUGCCAAUAAUGCUUUACAAUCCAGCCAAAAUUCCUGCCUUUUCCAGGGAGUGUCUUAAGCAAAAUGUGGCUGUCGUGACGGUUGCGUUCCCAGCAACCCCACUACUGUUGGCCAGGGCGCGUAUCUGCAUAUCUGCUUCUCAUACUAAGGAAGACCUGAUCAAAGCUCUAGAGGUAAUUAGUGAAAUUGGUGAUCUCGUGGGCAUUAAAUAUUUUCCGACUGAGCCCAGAAAACAGCAGCAGGAGCAACAAGGCAGGAUGAAGCUCGACUAAAUAGAUAAAGUUUGAAUGGGAGAAAUUUUCGUUGGCCAAAAGGUGGUUAGUUUCAGCCAUCUAUAUACCUUGGGAAAUCAGGAAAAAUUUCUGGUUGGACCCCAUUCCCCUUUCGAUGGUCUGAGAGAGGAUCCUUGUUCAUACACACUUCAAACAGGCUAACA